AUGAAAGGAUCCGCAACAUCGGAAUCUCGGCACACAUCGACUCGGAAGACCACACUCACGGAGCGCGUCCUCUUCUACACGGGCAGGAUAGCAGAGAUCCAUGAGGUGAGUUAAUCAUGAUCAUAUAAUCUGGCUCUGAUUUAUUGAAGUAGCUUGUUGGAGAAGUGUGUGUGUCUGCCUGCCUGCUUGCUUGCUUGCUUGCUUGCUUAUCUGUCUGUUUUAGAGGCAGACAGACAGACAGAUUAAAACUGUUAUGUCUGUUUAUUUUUACGUACUGUAUACACACUGUGGUUCCUCUAACUCUAUAGGUAAAGGGAAAGGAUGGAGUCGGGCCACCAUGGACUCGAUGGAGCUGGAGAGGCAGAGAGGCAUCACCAUCCAGUCAGCUACCACAUACACCAUCUAUAAGGAUUACAACAUCAACAUCAUCGACACCCCAAGUAUGGAGGUACCUACCUGGCAGAAAGAUUUGCGUUAGUGGCAAUACAGAUCUUAUGACCAGGUUCUUUUUUUGACGGAUAAACCAUAAGUCACAGUCACAGAUUGAUGCUAGUAUACGCAACAGCUGUUGAACUUAGGAUGUAUUUUUGCUUUUAACUUUAACCGCAGUUUCCUCCUCUCUGACCUGUCCAGGCCAUGUGGACUUCACCAUCGAGGUGGAGCGAGCCCUGCGUGUUUUGGAUGGGGCGAUUCUGGUCCUAUGUGCAGUUGGAGGGGUCCAGUGCCAAACCCUGACCGUGAACAGACAGAUGAAACGCUACAAUGUUCCCUUCCUCACCUUCAUCAACAAGCUGGACCGCAUGGGAGCCAACCCCAACCGCGCCCUGUAGGCCAUGAGGUCAGCAGAUAUACAGAUACUGUAGACCGAUAGACUAGUCUGGUUUUCCAUAAGCUCUGUGUUCUGACUCUGACUGUGUUCCCUCUUUCAGGACCAAGUUGAACCACAACGCAGCCUUUGUGAACAUCCCCAUCGGUCUGGAGGGGAACAUGAAGGGCAUCAUAGACCUCAUAGAGGAGCGCAGCAUGUACUUCGAGGGCCCAUUCGGGUAAGAGAAUGGAGAAUGUGUGAUCAUGGCAGGGAUUUAGUAAUGUAAGUCAUCUCUAUCUCAGACCUGAAACAUUUCCAUAGCUGUAAACCUUCUCACUGGAAAAAAAGAAAAAGAAAAAAAAGACAAAUCCUCCUGUCCUCUGCUUCCUGCAGACAGAAUAUCCGGUUAGAUGAGAUCCCGGCAGAGUUCCGUGUGGAGGCUGCAGACAGGAGACAGGAGCUGGUGGAGUGUGUGGUUAAUGCUGACGAGACCCUGGGAGAGAUGUUCCUGGAGGAGAGGAUCCCCAACGUGCCAGAACUCAAGGUUUGUAUGUGUGACUGUUCAUUAUGUCUUGGGACAUCGCAAAAAAAGUAUGUAAUUUGAUCUUCCGCAUCAGUCAUAUGUUCUGCAAUGACCUGUGAACUCUGCCCCCUGGGCCCUGACUGCUCCCGUCUCUCCUCCCACAGGCAGCCAUACGCAGGGCCACAGUGCAGCGCCUCUUCAGCCCCGUGCUGGUGGGGACUGCCCUGAAGAACAAGGGGGUCCAGCCUCUAUUGAACGCAGUGCUGAAUUAUCUGCCCAACCCCACAGAGGUCAACAACUACGCCCUCUUCAACGAUGAGUGAGUAUGACCUCUUUGCCUAGGCAGAGACACCAUUCAAUAUGACACGGCCGUCUUUGAAUGAAUUGAUAUGCCAAAAUCAGGUCAGAGUAUGGGCUCAGGGACAAACUUGAACAAUGCAUGCGUAACUUGACGUUUUGUGCCAUUCAUCAAUUGAUGUCAAUGGAAGAUCUCACCACUGUCCUUGUGUUGUUUCCUCUGUGUCAGGGAGUCCAGUGACAGCACUAAGAUUCUGAUGGAUCCCACCAGAGAUGCCUCGCAGCACUUCGUUGGCCUGGCCUUCAAACUGGAGGUGAGCACAUCACAGCACACAAACACUGUGUAGCAAACCAUCUUCUCUUCAACAAGUAAUCUGGCACGUUUACUGUGUACACUUUAUUUGGAUGAUAAACCGUACUGUAGACGUAUUUUUCUCUCUCUCCUCUCUUCCCUUUACUCUGUUCAAGGCAGGUCAGUUUGGUCAGCUGACAUGCGUGUGUACCAGGGCUGUCUGAAGAAGACAGAGUACAUCAUCAACACACGCACAGGCAAGAAGAUCCGUGUGCAGAGACUAGUGCGUCUCCAUGCCGACCAGAUGGAGGUGAGAACCAGGAAGUGAAUGUAAAUGGAGUAAACUGAUGGUUUCAGUGCCAUGAAAAGCACAGCACUGUGAUUGGUUAGAACGGUAAUGUUCCAUAUUUGGUUUUUUGUUUGUUUCUCCCACACAACCCUAGUGAUAACAUCUCAUGAUUACAAACAACUUUAUCUAUACAUUUGUAUAACUGAAACAAUCUUAAUUUGGUGUCAUCAUAAAGUGUUUUCCUCCCUCUGAUUGGUCAGGAUGUGGAGGUGGUGUAUGCAGGUGACAUCUGUGCCCUGUUUGGAAUCGACUGUGCCAGCGGAGACACCUUCAACUCCCGGACCAGCGCCAACCUCUCCAUGGUACAUCCCUAUGGCAAUUGUCCAGACUAGAUAAACAACCAGUCAGCACUCGCUAACGUGUAUUUAAAGAUGCAAUCUGUUGUGCACUGCCUUUGUGUGCAUAAUGUUAUGACCUUGGGCAUCAUUCAACAUGUGUUUCUCCCACAGGAGUCCAUCCACAUUCCAGAGGCUGUCAUCUCCAUGUCUAUGAAGCCAUCCAACAAGGUGGGCCCUCUCAUAUUCUAUGUAGUAUGAGGAGUCUAAAUGACCAUAUAAGGCUUGAUACUAUUUCAGGAGAGUAUAUGAGCAUGUAUUAUCAGUAAUUAGCAUCUCUAUAAUAAACUAUCUUCCUCCUCACCCUCUUCAUCCUCUCGCUCUUCCUGUGGAUCAGAAUGACACAGAUAAGUUCUCUAAAGGCAUCAACCGCUUCACCAGAGAAGACCCCACGUUCAGGGUCCACUUUGACACAGAAAGCAAGGAGACUAUCAUCUCUGGUAUGGGAGAGUUGCACCUGGAGAUCUACUCACAGGUACUAGUCUAGUGCUCGGCUCUCCGGAGAUCUGAAGAUCCUUCUGUCCACAGCGUUUUUGUGUUUUGGCUUCAUCUUGUUUUUACAGUGUCCUAAGUUGUCUUGAAGGCUAAUAGAAUGCAUUAGACUUCCAAACAUCUAGAAUCUUUAAUGGCAUUUCAAUGCAGUAAAUGAAGCUGACCUUACUUUCUCGCUGUCUUUCUGUAGAGGAUGGAGAGGGAGUAUAACUGCCCCUGUGUGAUGGGAAAGCCCAAGGUAGCCUUCAGGGAGAGCGUGACCAGUGUGGUACCGUAA